AUGGUAACUUCCUUUUGUAUAAACAGCCUCAAAGAGAAUCUUCAGCGACUGGAAAAUGAGACCAAUGAAGAGAUGGAAUCGCAGAAACGACUCCAAUCUGAGUUGCGCUCCAGACUAGACAUAUCGUUGCGUGACCUUGACGAGAAAACGGCCCAGUUGGCCGAACUGCGUGAAGAGAUGGCUCAGUUGCGCAGCGUGCGGUACAAGCGUGACACAGAAAUCAGUCAGCUGCAGUCGCAACUAGGUCAGCGAGACGCUGAAAUAUCAUCCUUGAAGCUGGAAAAGCAGAUGGUAAGACAUUUGAAAAGUUGGUAUUUGUUUUCGCUACUGGUUGUUUUAUUUCAGUCGAUCAAACUGUCGCUCUAUCCAACACGGAAACUGCGGCCACAUGAAGCCUUCGAAUGAGAAAUGCCGGAACGACGCGUGACAUUCAUCAGAAAAGCGAAAAAGACGAGAGUUACUCAAGUUGGUUUGUCGAGCGUUGCGUAGACUCAUCUAAAAUAUCAAAACAAACUAAGCUAUGAUAUCGACUUACGAACCUCUCUGGAAAUAAUGGAAUGAAGAGUGAAGGUAGCAAACAAACGGUGUGUGUUACUACUGUUGUGGAAAUAAAAUUACGGCUUUAGAGGCAGUCGUUUAUUUAUGUGAGCCUUCUGAGUGGUUCCUUAGACAAAUCUUAGAAAUAAGAGUGACUGAAUUAAUAACAGUCAAUGUAAGUGAUUACCUGACUGGCUCCGCUUAUUGCCCCUCAAAUGACUACCUCAGCCUGAAAUUAACUCGUCAGUCGUAGGACUGGUUUGCGUCCGUUGAGACUACGCACAGCCUAGUAGGUAAAAUGAGUUAGACGUUUCUGCUGGCCUCCGGACUGGAUUCCCGGGCUUUUAUCCAUUUAAGGGUUAUCCCGCAUCCAGCUCAUUCAAUAUUGGUCGUAGCAGUGAGAGCCAAAGUGUCUUUGUGUUCCAAACCGUGAGUAAUCCUCGCCUGAAGAACAUUUUAUGCUUAGGUCUGUCGCUGUCCAGUUUUUGAUUCGCUGAAAGAGACAGCCACCCAAAGGAACGGUCAAGCCUCUCGUUGGUGCAUUGUAUUGACCAUCGUAUUGCGUUGCGGCAGUUGUUGCCUGCUCAAAAUUUACCGGACCAUAUUUUAACCGUGGUUGGUCAACAACUGAAUCAAUUGUGCGCUAACCUUUUUAAAUGUAUGACCCAAUUUCGUCAACACUUUCGAAAAUUCAAAUGCAGCGAGACCAAAAUCCGUUAUUUUUGUGAAUUGUGCUGAAACCAACACGUUUGCAGCCGAUAACUGAUUAGGGAAAACUUCCAAAAUACUUUUAAAAUGAUUAUCAUUCGAAAACAUUGAUCUAGGACUAUUCCUUGGGAACGAAAUAAGCCGUAAUUCGGCAUAUUUGUUCGACUUUAAUUCGUGUCUACUGGAAAUGUUUUUGCAAGUGUCACCUGUACAGUGAGUGACCGAUCACAUGAAUGUUGACCAAAAUCCUGAAAUGCGUUUUUGAUUAGCAAGGAUUACUUGGUCACGGCUGUAAUACUGAUUAGCUUGCAGCAUAUUCAUAUAACAUUUCGGACUUGGCAGGAUGUCAGCUUUUGAAUACACUGCUUUUUAAUCUCCUGUAAAAACCGUACUCGGUAAAAAAAUACUACUUAAAUAGCAUGCAUUUUUCCCAUUGAUUUUCGAUGGUCUUGCAAAUUCAAAUAUAUCUUAUAGAAACCAUGGACGAAAAUAAGUUUUCUUUUAGUCAAUCAAUAGAGAAUCACGUCUUCUUCAUAUUUUAUGCUCAAAGAAGGAGUAUUAUUAGGUUUUAAAAAAGUUUUGUCAUUCACGAAUAAUUCGGAGCCUGAUCAGGCGUUGCAUUAGCGCUUAGUGGUUUCAGUCUACAAGGUGCAUCGUUCCGCGUAAAGAAAAUCACAUAUUUUUCUAUACCAUUAAAGAGAUAUCAUACAGAGUUUAUAAAAUUUUGCAAUGGAUGCGGACCAUGUUGUACAUUUCAUGAGGAGAAGUGGUAAACGGCCAGGUACGAUGAUAUGUGAAUGGACAUUGCGCGGUCUUUAAAAAUCUCAUCGAAAAUCAAUGGGAAAAAUGCAUGCUACUUAAGUAGUCAUUUUAUAUUGACUGCAGUUUCUAUAGGGGAUGGAAAAGCAGUGUAUUCAAAAGCUGACAUCCUGCCAAGUCCGAAAUAUUAUAAGAAUAUGCCCCAAGAAAAUCAGUAUUACAACCGCGACCAAGUAAUCCUUCCUAAUCAAAAAUGCCUUUCAGAAUUUCGGUCAACAUUUCAUGAGAUCGGUCACUCACAGAAUGUGAAGUCUCAGGUCGGAGCCCCUCAGCGUGCACUACUUUAAUGCAAAACCGAUAGGUCAAUUCAGAUCUAACUUAUUUUCCUUCCUCCACCCCCUCCGGAAUCAGCUUCAGAAGCAGGUGACAACUGAAUCGGAAAUGAAAUAUUCAAAGAUAGUCUCCGACCUCGAAGGUCAAGUGAAUCACUACAUGGAGUCAGCGUCUAAGCUGCAGACAGAGGUUGAUCGGCUUCUCAGCAUGAUCAGAAAUUCCGAUUCAGAGAAGCUGGACAAGGACAAUCAGAUACAUGAACUUGAGGAGUACGUUGAAAGUGGCCUUCUUUAUGCAUUUUAUAUCUGUAUUAUGCUAUUUACGAAACGGUGAACUGAAAAGACUAGGUUUUAUGACUAGGUGGUCCGUUUACCAAUCAGGUUUUGAAACAUGCUCGUUCCGUCUUGUCUUUUUCGGUGCUCCGUGAAUAUACUUUUAGUUACUACGCGACUCCCUGGGAAGGCUUUAGAUAGCCUCACAGGGUACAACAAGACUAAGAAUGUUUCAUACGAAGCUUCCCGACUUCUCUAUACUUCCCACUUUAACCGAUAGAAAAACAGGCUCGUGACUCAGUGGUAGAGCAAUGGACUUCACGUGAAGAAGGAGACACGAUCGCUGGGACAUGAGCUUUAUUAGCCUGACGUUUCGGAUUCCUGUCCGAAUCCAUCAUCAGAGGCAAAAGCAGAUAGGGGUUGUUCAUACACAAGGGGCUGCAGUAUUUGUUGGAUGCAGUCGCCAUACUAGCCCUUACCUAUGAACAUUCACGUCUCCCCCCUUCAUCCGGGAUCGUCGUACUUGGUGUGCUGACUGUUUGAUGACCGACAUUCGCGUCGUUAAUUGCUCCACUUUCAUUGCCAUUGGACUUAACGUUCAAUGACCAAAGUAUCGGUUUUAAACUCUACGUUAUCUAAAUCCCAGGUUGGGGAUGACUGUUUGACAACGGCUAGCAGACUGGAACCGGCCACCCCGGUCUCCCUGUCGUCGGUACUCCUUCCGCAGAGAACGUUUGGCCAAAUUUUGUCGACCGAAUUCAGGCCACAUUUUUGUGCAAGUCAAUGUGAGUCUGAGGAUGGCGAGGGAAAUUCACAGAGAAUUAAUCAAGUUGUUGGAACGCGGUCUCUGCUCUCAUUUUUCCGAAUAGAUCAUGUGAUUAACGGUUUUUCUCACUGCAGCGAUCUGUUCUUUGUAAAGAGUCGGCAGAUAUUUGUCGCCAAUCAGUGAUGCGUAAAAAUCGUUUAAAUAUUCCUUCCGCCGCUUUAAGUCCCUUAUGAUUGGUUAUUAGAACCUCGAAACCAUCAGAUGAUAUUGUGGGUUUUUUCAGUACUGGACGUUUAUACUAAGGAACAUUUUGAUAAGCAUGCAGUAACACAGCGAUUGCAUCCUAUGACUUCUGCAAUACCUGUGUGAUACACUAUCCUUAUCUGACCCUGUCUCUGAUGAUGGAUCCAAGUGUGAGUUCGAAACGUCGGGUAAAUAAAAUUCUUCUUCCAGCGACCGUGCGUUCUUCGCGAGUGCCCAUGUACUCCUUAAGUUAACCUUCUUGGUGCCAGAUCAGAGAUUUAUUUCUCCCGCUGGACGAUAGAUACCGACGCAAAAUUCUGCGGCAACAUAUCCUGUAACCCAAAAAUCGUUUCUUGCACUCUGUAAAAAUUAGAAGGCAACCAUGAUUCUAAAAAGCGAUCUUUGACGGUAGACGCCGUGUGCAUAAAAUCUCAUAGUGCAAACAAAAGACAGGAUUAUCGGCAGAAUGACAUUACAGAUAAAGACAAGGGAGAUUGGAAUGGCAAUUUUUGGCUUAUGGGUUGUCGUCUGACUGGAAGGGCACUUUAAGAUGUCCCUGUCAGCAUAUUAAUGCACUAAAAGCAUCGUGCGCAAUGCGCCUGCAUUUUUUCCCUGUAGGAGUCGAUUUCGGAAUUUAGAUUUGUGUUGUGGCACGCCCAGGUUUCCUAGGACAAAAAGCAAUUUGUUGUGCCGCUCUUACCAAUGCUGAACGAGGUAAACAAAGACCGACAAUAGGAGUCAUACAAAAAAAUAGAACGAUGAUGCACUAGUGUUAAAAGGGAAGAUACCAUAAAGGAUGAUGACUCAUAUCGCAUUCGUAUCCUGUCCCGUGUACAACCAUAAAUAAAAUGAAAAAGAAAACAGUCACAGGUGUUCAGUAUUACUAAAUUUCGGAAGAUCCAUCCUAAUUCCUUGUUGCUUCUUAAUCUCUCUCCAAACCUGUUACUUGCUGGCAUCAUAUCGUCGAGAAAUGCUGCCUUACACCAACUAGAUUAAGUAAGGGAUGUGCAUUUUCACAUCGUUGACUGCCCCCGUGUAAAUCGUUUUCCAUAAUCUACUCGAUGAGCAACGAAUAUAAAAUCGUUCAUUAAACCGCAAACAACCUUUUAGGCUAGUGAAAGCUUUCUCGAGGCACAGUUUUAGUGUUUGUAUCUUACGCAGUCUUCCAUAACCAUAACAAGCUGUUAGUCCUCUCCGUUUUCUUAAUACUGGAACUUAGACCUGAACUGGUAAGGAUUAAAAAUGCAUCUGGAAUUCCUUAGACCUCAGGAUUUAAUGCCCGAUUGUCACCUCCAGCAUUGUUCGUAAUGCGGAUCGUCAGAGUAGAUGGAUAAAAGUUUCUACUGCCCGCCAGAUCCCUGCUUUGAUCAUUACCGCCUUUUGAGCACCUCUGUGCCGUCGAACGAACGCAAGCAGAUAGCGGUGAAAUUUAAAUUCGGUAGUGAGUUGUCCCCUUUGUUACGACACAAUUCCAACUUAGUUUUUCGAUAGCGCUUGAUUCCUCUGGCAGCUCUAGAUUUGCAUGCCGGCUCCGUCAGGUAUGACGUAAUUGACUAUCCUUCUUUACUAUUUUUAACUGCAAUUCGAGAGGUCUGCGAAUCUUCGAAGAGCCAAUGUUAAAUGGCAAUGAAACUUUUUUCUGCAUGCUUCAUCUUAAGAGGUCAACAUUUCAGGUUUUGCAGUCAACUGUUUGGGACUUAUUUCAAAUAAGCGCAUCCAAUUAACGGCUAGCCAACAGCCCUGCAGUCUCAUUUUUAAUAUCUGAUGUGUCUGAUUUGCAAGUUCAAAAUGACACUUGCGUUGACCUACAAUCAACUGGGUUCGUUUAGAAAGUGUUCGGUUGAGGGAGCAGUCUAAAUUGAGACGGUGGUUAGGAGUUUGAGAUGGGGAGUCAGUCAGCUCCUCAGCUCGUACCUAUUUUGUUGCGAACCGACAAAAAAUGUGGUACAUAGAAAUAACUUGGUUUUUUUUCACAAUCAUGCAGAAUCAAAUUAUAGUCUAGUCUAUUUGGUUGGUUAGGGAAAGUUCUGUUUGUUUAUGUCUAACCGUCAUUGUGCAUAUUGAUGAGGGCUAUUCUGCGUUUGUGCAGUGGCUGCCUAACCACUGCUUCAUUGUAUUUGACAAGGCUUCGUUUCAUUAGGAGUCUUGUCCAAAAUAACUGCAAACUCCCCUCAUCAAUCAGGGGGUUUUCAAUGAAUAUAUCAUCUUUAAUCGGUAGAGGAGCAAGUAGUCAUCAUGGGAGCACCUUUCUGCUAAGUGCGAAUGUUCGUUUUAAUAGAUCCUUCAGUUAACUUAAGGGCUGUCAUUUUGAAUUGGAUGAAACGUGUGUGCAACCAUGGCUUUUAAUCGAUGUUGGUUGUCUAAUUUGCAGUUUCGUCCUCAGAGUCUCAUGUACCUUCCGACAGGCUAUGACUGUAUCUUCUUUUUAUUAUUUUUUCCACGUCUGGAAGAAUAGCCGGAAUUUGCUGACAUAGUACAGUUAUCUUGUCCCUUCACAUCUGUGAAAACUCUCGCAUUGAAACAAUGGCACAUAUGGAUAUCAUCGCAUAUUUGUCAAACUGUUAUGUGUUUACUUAACUCUAUUUUUACUCACAUUUUCCAAUCGCCCGUGACUUGGAGUCGUGCAAACGCCAGUACGAGCAGUGUCUUAAUACUAAAGCAGAUGUGCACAUCAAGGCUACUUGUUCAUUUUUCUUCCUUUGUGUACCGCCGAAAUUCCCUGUCAGUAACUGGAUUAGCGGGAGCCAUGGUAACACUUCAUAAUUGCGUACCAUUGUGGCGGGGAGAUUAAACCAGGCGAACAAUAUAGUGUUGUGUUGACCCCACAGAUAAAUCACAUUGAGGACUGCUAGCAAUCUAACGAGGGGUCAUGACAUUUGAUUUGGGAUCACUUGAUUCUAAGGAUUUCCAAAUUUUGGUCGUGUUCGCAAUGUAAUCGUAAUUGGACAAAACAUCUAUGCACCUAAAUGAGGAAGGACAUGUAAAAAUUUGUUGGCAUGGCAACUGGCGUCCGAAAAAUGAUUGCAGCAAAUUUUUAAAGUGCAUCUGACGCAGUUACGCAGCUGGGUAUUACUAACAGCAUACAUUUACAAAAAUAUCCUUAAUGAGGGAAAAUGCAGUUAAAACUUUAAAUAGCAAAAAUAAUUGCACAUUCGUCGUGUUCAGGAACAAUUUACGCCACUUUCAAAUGGCAGCAAUACACUGGACGAACUGCAGAAAAAUCAUAAAACCUACUAAACGCGUCACAAAAAUAACUUCCAUUUAUGUGGCUACGUAGACGCAACCUCUGAAACUGCCAACUAUCCUACUCAUAACAUUAUCAGAACGUGUGCGGCGCCUAUAGUCUGCAAUCGCGUACGACUACGACUAGAAUUAAGAUUGUUUACUGUCGUUCCCACUGUUUAAUCUCACAGAGGUUCGUGUUUCUCUCGUUUUUUUUUAGCAAACUUAAGGGUUGCCUCAAGUAACUACGUCAAGUCGAGAGAAAGCAAAUAGCUUAUCAUUGACUGGCCAUAUUUUCCGACCGUGUACCGAAAUUAAACCCCCGGUAAAUUGAUUUCUAGACAGCGACGAGGUCGUUUCGCUCAUAAUGCAACUUCUUCAUCAGUAUGUCAAUAUGCACAGUGUACUUCUGCCAUUCUGUCGUCGGAUAUAGCUGGAGUAUGCUCAAUUGCGAGUGCCGUGUGCUGCCCUGUGCAGUUUAAAUGGCAUGCUUGACGAGUUACGUAGAGCUGAGAUGCUGAAACGACAUUGCUUCAGACAAUCUUCGAGAAAAUGCUUAACGGCGUUUUAACGCUGUUGCGACAACUGCCUAGGCUUGAGCGCAGAUGCAGUUCUCGAUAAAUCGAAGUUUAUUCCUAGUAGAUCUUUUCGUCACUUUGAUAAAGUACGGUUUCGUCUACUCUGUAUUUGCACGGACGGCGUACCAUUUCGCUAUAGGCUUGUGAGGAUCUUCUUCAGAGUUACAGUCGGAAAUUAUCUGUUUUGUUUGUUUUUUAAGUCGUCAGGUUUGCCUGCCUCAUUUACCGAUGAUAGUAGUUUUGUAGGGCAAACAUACAUAUACAGUACUCUCUAAAGAGCACAGGGAUAUUGGGGUAUCCUUACCAAUAAGGUAGCCAAACGAUGCGGUAACAGUGUUUUUCUCGAAACUAGUUUCUCCUCCUUUUCAAAUGCACGCUUGCUUGGUUACAACAAGCGUGAACUGUAUCGGUAAACUUCAAACAGGAAGCGAUUUGGCUGAUGGAGUAAAAACACUUAACUGGGCUUAGGAAACACAUUAAUGCCCUCACAUUUUGUAGUGGCAAAAAAUUGGCACUACUUAUGCCCAGUUAGUAGACAAUCCAAUUUCAGAUUUUAUGAAUUGGGUAGAAGAAAUGUGAGGGAAAAUUGUCAAGCGAACCUUCAGUGUGUUCGUUUUUCAAUUUUCUUGCACUUUUCUGCUUUCAUAACCGGCGACAUGGGGAGCAUUUACAUUUCCCAGUCAGUCAGCCCUCGAGCCUUACGCUACACCCAGUUAACGAACAUUUGGAGAUAUUUGUAACAAUACGCAGUUAAAGGCCUCUUAACGUUGGUUAUAGGAGCACACGAGAAGUGUUCAGGCUGCCGGCCAUCUGUCAUAAGAAAGCGGCCAAUCAAAAUCAUAUUCCUAUAUAAACGCAUAUCCGAAUCUUCAUUGGAAUUAAUAUUUGACAUGUUUGUAUUACAUUUUCAUCACUUGUAUAAUAGGGUCAUUUGUUGCGUUUGUGUUCUGUGUCUGCAUAGUGUCAAAAUAACAGAUUUCGCUGGCCGUUUAUUCAAAUGAAUGCGAUAUGCCAACUGUAAAUGAGGGUGUUGUUUUUAUGAAGGAACUGUGAAACAAACAUUUUUACGUGCUUCCACAUCUUCUUCGCAAGUCUUUAUACGAGCGCAUAACUAUAGAGUGGCAGGGCCCUUUGCAUCUGAAGCAAAGUAUUCGACCAUUAGUAGAUGCGUAGACGGUUCCACAGUGUCUAAGUUUACCGCUUUCCGAGUUUUGUGUACACAUAGAUGUCGUACAUAAGGAAGCACUGCAUUCGCGUUAUCAUAGAAGGUUUUGUUUGUGCUUUUUAUGCAAUCACAAACUUCGUUUCGAUAGUGGGUGAACCAAAAUACUAAAAACGGCCGCCAAUCAAGCCUUUCGAGGUAAGCUGCAGCAUAGAUGUUUAUACGUAUGAAUUUUACCAAUGAUAAUACAUUUUGCUUCACUUUAUCUUUGAGGUCUGUUUUUGCGAUGUUUUCUACUGCAUAAGCGAACAAACGGGUUGUAACUUGGGUAUAUUCGUUUUUAACAAAACCGUCUCUCGAAAAAGUUAUAAUUUCCUGUGGCAAGCUCUUCACUGCCUCCAAGAGUAGCUUUUAACGAUUCUAUAGUAAGCUGUGAAUUUCAACUACCACUGGACUUUUGCACUGGAAUUUACUUUUGUUAGUACUGACAUUGAGUAUAAUCACCAGAUCUGGGAUGUGUUGUCAUAUUGGGGAAAUGAGGAUCCCACCAGUAGGUAACACGGUGAAUAUAAACUUUGCUGUGCGCCGAGUGUGCUGCCAAAUUCCUAUUACUAUCUUAUCUUGAUGUUAAAGGCAUAAGUCAAAUAUUAUUGAAAAGUUUUUAUUUGAGAUCUUAUUGACUUUUUUUCGUUCCGGCAUUUCCAGGCAGCUUCAUGACGCCCAAAACCAGAUUAGCAGUUUGAAGAGGGCUCAACAGAUGGAUCGAAAGAAAAACGCACAAUUCUUGGACGAAGCCCGUCAGCGAGCAGACAACAUUCAAUCUGAUGCUGAAGUCCUUAAGGUGAAAUCUUCCCCCCAGCGAUUCCUUAUGCUAAAAAUUACAUUAUGUGGGCAUGCUUCUGCAGCUGACAAAGAGUAA